AUGGCUGAUUAUCUGGUUCACCGAGGGCGCGGCAAGGACGAGCGAACAUACGGCAACUUUCAGUCUGAGACUGAAGGAACCUGGCUGCCUGCCAUUUUGCAGAUUUUCACGUUCUCCCCCCUCGUCCUCCAAAGAUUUCCUUUUAACACUCACUCUGUCAUCGCCGCAGCCUUUGAAGAGCCACUGAUGAGGAAACUCAAAGACGCGUUGGCUGUGAGCGACAAAACCUUGAGACGACUCCAGAAAGAGCUGAUAAAACAGCGCUCACCCUCGGAAGUAUUCAUGUCUCCUUUCUUCAGAGUUUCUUAA